AUGGCAGGCUUGUACUUUUUUCUAGCUCUCAUAGCUCUUUUGGUGGGCCUCCAGCGUCUACUAUCGAUAGGGCAGAGACCAAAAGCCUACCCACCGGGACCACCUACGUUGCCAAUUCUGGGAAAUCUUCAUCUGAUGCCAAAAAGGGACGCUCACCUACAGUUCGAGAAAUGGGCACGAGAAUAUGGCCCGGUCUACAGCCUGAUACUUGGUACCAAGGUGUUGAUUGUACUAUCCAGCGACGAGGCCGUGAAGGAACUUCUUGAUCGGAGGAGUGGGAUUUACUCGGACAGACAAGAUAUGUACAUCGGCCAAACCUUGUGCAGUGGAGAUCUGAGGCUUCUUAUGAUGAGAUAUGGUCCUACAUGGAGAGGGUUCCGCAAGAUGAUUCAUGGACUUCUCAAUGUCAAUACAUCAAAAUCGUACAUCCCAUAUCAAAUGCUCGAGAACAAACAGAUGUUGUACCAACUUCUGGAGCAGCCCGGUGACUUUCUCAAGCAUAUCCGGAGGUAUUCAAAUGCCUUGACGACCACUAUGGUCUUUGGCUGGAGGACGCCUACAUACGAGGAUGCGAACAUGAAGCAACUCUUCGACGGAUUCUCUGAGUUUGCGGAGAUUAAUCAGACAGGGACGGCCGCGUUGAUCGAUUUCUACCCUCUCCUGCGGAAGAUGCCUGACUUUCUGCUUCCGGCACAGAAGAAGGCGAAAACACUCCACAAACACGAAAAAGCGUUGUACCUCAAACACUGGCUAAAUGCGAAGGCUGACAUUGAGAGCGGGAACAUCAAGCCGUGCUUCUGCGUGGGUAUGGCCGAAGCUCAGAAGGCAGAAGGCUUCAGCGACGACCAAGCCGCAUAUAUUUCCGGCACACUUCUCGAAGCUGGCUCAGACACAACCUCGAGUACGCUAUAUGCGUUCGUGCAAGCCAUGCUGCUAUAUCCAAACGCGCAGAAGAAGGUCCAGGCAGACAUCGACAACGCGGUCGGCGACCGGCUGCCGACCAUGGAUGACGAAUCUAAUCUGCAGUCCGUCCGUGCCUGUAUCAAAGAGACGCUUCGUUGGAUGCCGACCACCAUUCUGGGAGCGGUGCCACAUGCAGUGACUAAAGAUGAUGAGUACAUGGGCUACCUGAUCCCUAAGGGCGCCGGGGUGAUGAAUAAUGUCUGGGCAAUUCAUAUGGAUCCGAAACGUCAUCCCAAUCCCCGCACCUUCGACCCGGAGCGCUACAUCCACGACACACAAAGUCUUUUCGACUCGGCUACAAACGCCGAUGCCACUAAGCGAGGCGUGUUCACCUUCGGCGCCGGCCGACGCAUCUGUCCUGGCAUGCACGUCGCGGAGCGCAGCUUGCUCCUUGGGGUGUCCCGCAUCCUGUGGGCGUUCAACAUCAAGCCAAUUGUAGAUGAGAAAGGCAAUAAGUUCCUCCCGGAUCAGGAAAAGCUUACACAAGGGUUUGUAUGUAUGCCGGAGGAGUUCCAGGCAAAAAUAACUCCCAGGUCGCCAGAUAGGGCGGCACUGGUCAGGAGAGAGUGGUACGAAGCUGAGAAAGAAUAUCUGGAUGCGCAGACCAAGCAAUGGUUGAGUCAGCCUCAUAUUUAA